AUGAACGUCGCCGGACCAUCGAGACCAACGAGCCCAGGCUCGAAGGCCAAGACGCCGAUACCUCCGCCGCCCGCUCAGAGCGAUGCCCCUGCAAACACGUCCCCGGGUGGCAAUAGGCCGCUCAACGUCACCGACGCAUUGGGCUAUCUGGACGCCGUCAAGAACGAGUUUCAGGACCGACCAGACGUGUAUAACAGAUUCUUGGACAUCAUGAAGGAUUUUAAGAGCCAGAAUAUCGAUACCCCAGGAGUCAUCGAGCGCGUAUCCCGCCUUUUCCAAGGCAACGCCCUCCUCAUCCAAGGUUUCAAUACUUUCCUUCCUCACGGUUAUCGUAUCGACUGCUCCUCCGAUCCCAACGAGCCGAACACCAUCACCGUCACCACCCCCAUGGGCAUCAUGACCCAGAACGGGAACACGUAUAGUCUCCUUCCCCGCGCCCUCGCGUCAACUCCGCUUCCACUCGUCGCCCCUCUAGCAAUUGCGGCGCCAUCGGGCGUCGUAACUCCCGGCGGACUCAGCUUACCCAGCACUGGCGCUCUGCCUACCCAAGCCCUGCCCACUCCAGGUCCCGGAGGUCCGCCCUUCUCCACCGGGCCCGGAAGCGGCUUGGGCCACCCUCUGCCUCCUAUAGGAAGUGGCCCUGGCUCACGCUCCAUCACACCACAUCCUAUCCCACCCCAUAUUGCGCAGCUGCAGGUGCAACCGCCAGGCUUCAGCCCGCACAACCUUGGACCCUUCUCACCCGGGAUCCCCGGCGGCACCAGCGCUGCCGCGUCAUUCCUCGGGGGGCUCAACGGCAAUGCCGGAGCAAAAGGCGGCGCAGCAGGAUCGGGUGGAGCUCAGGAAAAGGCGUCCUCCCAAGGCGAAUUCAACCACGCGAUCUCGUACUUGAACAAAAUCAAGACGAGAUUCUCUGACGACCCAAACACAUACAAACAGUUUUUGGAGAUACUUCAGACGUAUCAGAAGGAGCAGAAACAUCUGCAGGACUCACAGGUUUACGCCCAAGUUCAGAUGCUCUUCAAGGACGCGCCGGAUCUCCUCGAAGAGUUCAAGAACUUCCUGCCCACCGAAAACGGUGCUUCUGGUGCCGGCGGGCUCGUCGGUAUAUUGCCGCAUCCCCCGGGAGGUAGCAUCGUCGGUCCUGCCUCAGGGUGGACAGGUGAUGCUCCCGUGCAAGCAAACGAGAAGGCCUCCACAAGUGCUCGGGCACCUGCGAAGCGGAGGAAGCGCGCUGCCGAGAAGGAACCUACGCCUGUGCCCCCCGCCAGGCAGGCAAACAACCGGAGCAAAAAGGCAAAGCUUGCUCAUCGUGCGGAAGCCGACUCGCCCAACUACUCGCCCUUCCAGACUCACCCAUCACCACAGAUGGCCAAUGCGCAGCUUCCAGGCGCUCCAGGCAUGCAGCAUAUGCCUUCAGGACACCUGCUCGUCCAUUCCAGCGCCGGGUAUGGCAUGACCACCCCUGACGAACUCAUGUUCUUUGACCGCGCCAAGAAAGCUCUUGAUACGCGAGAAGCUUACGAGGAAUUCCUGAAACUACUUGGUCUGUUCAGUAAAGACAUCAUUGAUGCUCGUACACUCGUGGAGAGGGCCGAAGUCUUCCUAGGCGACGGAGAUCUGCUCGUCGAAUUCAAAGAGCUGAUGGCCUACGAGGAUGCAAAGACGAGAGCUGAGCAUGGGCCCCCAGGGAGCAUCAGAACCCGAGAACCGGAACCGCUGGUUGCACAACCUCCGGAUGAUGACCUUGGACCGAGCUACCGUCGCCUACCCGAGAGCGAAAUUUAUUUGGCUUGUUCAGCCCGUGACGAGCUCGCCCGGUCGGUGCUCAAUGAUGUUUGGGUCUCUCAUCCAACGUGGCAGUCGGAGGAACAAGGUUUCAUGACACAUAAGAAGAACUCGUUCGAGGAGUUGAUCCACAGAUGUGAAGAGGAGCGGCACGAGUUCAGCGUGCAUUUGCAGGCGAUGCAACGGACCAUCGCGGUUCUCGAGCCUCUUGCGUCUCGGAUUGAAACCAUGACGGCGGAAGAGCGGGCAUCAUUCAGACUCCAGCCUGACUUGGGUGGCUCGGGACGUUGUCUUUACGAACGGACGAUCAAACGUGUUUACACCCGUGAAACGGCGGAAGAGAUCCUGCAGGCGCUCCAAGAUGCUCCAGCGGUCGCGGUACCCGUUGUGCUCCGCCGAUUGAGGCAAAAAGACGAGGAAUGGAGGAGGGUCCAGCGAGAGUGGAAUCGCAAUUGGCGCGAAGUGGACCACAAGAACUUCUACAAAAGUAUUGAUCACCAAGGAAUCAAUUCCAAGCAAGUGGAUAAGAAGAGCAUCACCGCGAAAGCCUUCGUUAUCGAGAUUGAAACCGUGAAGACGGCACGCGAAGAGGACAGCAGACGGUUCGGCGGACGAGAUGCCUCUCCUCACCUUACCUAUGACUUAUCGGAUAUGUCUGUGCUUCACGACACACUGAAGCUCGGAUACUCCUUUUUGGACCACUCGCAUGCAGCGUAUACUCUCGCAGAGAGGCGGCACAUUGCGCGCUUUCUGCGAGAUUUCGUGACACUUCUGGCAAUGCAGCCGCCCCAUUCAUUCGACGAUCCCCAUAAUCAGCUCGAUGGCGCAAAUGGUGACACGGCGGACUAUUAUGACCAUGGCAAUGAUAGACGAACGUCCUUUGGGGAAAGUCACGCUGGGCCGUCAACGGGUACGUCCAGGCAUGGCUCUCCACGGGCAUCAAAGCAAUCACCCUCAAAGGGGAAGGGAAGAGCGAGCCCUGAACCCGAUAUCGAGGAGGAGCCUGACGAACAGUGGAUUAAUGAAGCCGCGCCGCCAGAAGACGACCCCGGUUUUCAUCCUCAUGUCCACUGUCGACCGUUUUUCGCGAACACGACGUUCUACGCGUUAGUGCGGAUAAUACAUAUGCUCUAUUCGCGACUGCUGCUAUGUAAGCGAAUCGGCGACGAACUAGCAGCGCACAAACACCGCGACCUGUUGGCCAACCCGGUGGCGACGGAGCUGGGGCUGGAUGACCCCAGCGGGCCCCCCGCGGUGUUCUACCAGAUGAUGCGCGACCAGGGUGCGAGCGAGGACCAGAACGUGGUUUAUCCGUAUCUACUCGAGGCGAUAGAGAAGGUGUUCGAGCACGAGCUAGACCAGCCGACGUUCGAAGAGCAUAUGCGGUGGUUCUUCGGUGGCAAGGGAUAUCAACUCUUCACCGUGGACAAGAUGAUCAUGGCGAUGAUCAAACAAGUGCAGACCAUCAUCGGAGACAACAAAUGCCAGGAACUGUGGUCGCUGUUGCAGACAGCGCGAGAAAACCCAAAGGUCACCGCCUCGGACGUGAUCCGCUACCGCCGGGAAGCUGAGCUACAUCUCGGGUCAGACGACCAUCUCUAUCGGAUUGAAUGGGCACGGGAAUCGAACGUCAUGAGCAUUAGUCUUUUGAGCCCCGGUGAUCCCAGCGUAGGCGAAGAUGACACGCCCUUGGGACGCUGGCGGCAAUACGUCGAUUCGUUCGUAAUGGUGAGGCACCCCACGGAAUGGGUCGGCUCUGGCCAGGGCGACAAAAUCAGGCGACAGUCGCUAUUUUUGCGGAGGUGA